GGAGCUCUCACUCCCUCCCUUCCUCUCUCCCUCGCAGGCGUGAGCGGGAAGCCGCCGAGCAUCCCCCCGCACCUCCUGCCGCCAGGGUCCGCCGCCGCAGCCGCUGUCGCCGCAGCAGCAGCCGCCGCCGCAGGCGUGAGCAGCGCCAGCAGCGCCAGCAGCAACAGCAGUAGCACAAGCAUCAGCAUGACGAGCGGCGGGGGCGUCGUGCUGAGCAACAAAGGCGUGAGGACGACGGCCACGGUGCCGCCCCUGGGCCUGGCCACCCCCCUGGCCCCCCUCACCACCUCCGCGGGCGCGGGCCCCCCGUCGCCCACGUCCUCGUCCUCCUUCGCCGCCGCCCUCCGCUCGCUCGCCAAGCAGGCCACGGCGCCGCCAGGAGCAGAGAAGGAUCGCCGAUGCCUGGCGAGCCGCAGCGCCUGUCGCCGAAGGUGUCGUCGCUGGCGCCAAGCUCUACGUCGGGCCACCUAGGCCUGUCGGGGGGGUCGGCGCCCCCGGUGGUCACCAUCGCGCCCACGCACUCGCACGGCAUCACCAGCGAGGCUGAGCGCUCAUCUGCCCGCGCGCCGCGCCAGCGAGGACCUGGUGCGCGGGUUCCAACCGUACCGCGCCCCCGACGUGCAGCCGACGCCGCCCGCGGGAACCCCGGGGGCGUCGCUGCGACCGCCCAUGCCUCCACUCGACCUGCCGCCCUCGUACCCGCCCUACCACCCGUCGCUGUACCCGCACCACCUGGCGCACCAGUACAG